AUUUAGCCAGGCACUGUAGUGCAUGGUCCUUUAUUUAACAAUACAACAGGUAUUAUUGAAAAAAACAUUCUCUAACAGCGUUUCCCAAACUGUGGGUCGUGGCCCCCUAGUGGGAAGUUAGGGUAUUGAAGGUGGGCCGUCACAUGUCGCUGCAGAGCUUUUGUAGGUCAAUUAAUGAGAAACUUGACAGCAAGCUAAACCACCAAAAAAUAGAUUGAUGGCUGUCAAUUAAACCAAAAAAGAUUUAAAAAAAUGAAAAGCAAACAGCAACUUUAAAACGAAAGGUUUGGAGAAAAUGCCGUAAGCAGUGAGUAUUUAACAUUUGAUUACAUCACCAACCCUUUCAUUAGGUAAGUGAGCAUAAUUAUGAAAAAAUAAAACGGUACUUUCAUCACAGUAUUGCAAAUAUACAAAUAAAGUUGAUAUUUAUAUUCAGACUUUAUUCUUUUCUGUGGCCAUCAAACGUCUAGCUAACUGCAAGGCAAAUGAUCUUGCACCAUCAGUUAGAUACCAUAGGCUGCAGGUGGAGACAUCGCCCAAUCUCUACCGAUUUGUUAAAGAAAAAGUACUUGUGUUGUUACUAUGCUAUUGAAGACCGAAUCAGGUUGACCAUGAAAAAUGUUACGAUUAACGAUCGCUGUCAAUAUAAAUAGAGUAAAAAAUACAUAAUUGCUUUAUAAUUGUAGUUGAGUAUAGAAAGUAAAAGUUUCUAAUAUUGUUCAUGCGCAGUAGAAGUAAAAAGUAGCCAAAAGGCUUAAGUACAGUAACGAACUUUCUAAACCGCCUUAAAUAUCGUAUUUGUAAGUCAUAUAGUUUGAGAAACAAAUUAAAAUGAUCAACAUCAAUAUAUAAUUUUCUCAAAAAUUCAGCACGGGCUGAACAGAAUGCUAACCGAUGACGUUUACACUAACAUUAAACGUCAUCAACCUUCGCCGACCGCACUCUCGCUGUAGGUACUCUCGCGCUUUGGAAACCACUUUUUGGCCGAGGUUGGCUUCCGUAGCUGAAGUGAAAGCGCAGCCGACCGAGAAAAUGGCUACUACCAGCAGCGCUGACAAGGAUUCGGUUCUUUCUAAAGCAGAGUACCUCAAGAGGUAUUUGGGAGGUGAUAACGAUGGCAAACAGUCCAAAGACAAGAAGACGAAACGGAAGCGAAUUAAACGCGUUGGAAAAGGGCUAAAAAUAGUUGAUGACGAUGUGGACUGGAAGCAGCUGGUGAACAUGGACGAAAAAGAAAACCAUGAUGAAGAAGACGAUGAAGAAGAGGCGCCUGUGGUGGCAGAAGUUAUAGAUGAACGGCCGAAUGAAAUAAAGUGCUUGGAGGAGUUCAGGACUAGCAAUAAGUGGCGCCUUCUGGGAGAUACAAAUGAAGAAUCCCAGGAAUCUCAAGAGUCAUUUGGCUCCUCUUCUGUGCCAAGCACAGAAGCAACAUCUCAACAGAAAACCACAGCUUCAAAGGGAAUGAGGAAGAAGGGUUCUUCAACUGCCACGACAACAAAAAGGGCUCGCCAUGAUUCUCCUGAUGUUUCACCCAAGAGAAAAAUGCGUCACGACUCUCCUGACCAAUCGCCAGUGAGGAAAAUGCGUCACGACUCACCUGACCAAUCGCCAGUGAGGAAAAUGCGUCACGAUUCACCUGACCAAUCGCCAGUGAGGAGAAUGCGCCAUGAUUCACCUGACCAAUCGCCAGUGAGGAAAAUGCGCCAUGAUUCACCUGACCAAUCGCCAGUGAGGAAAAUGCGUCACGACUCACCUGACCAGUCGCCAUUGAGGAAAAGUUCUUUGUCAUCCUCUCAUCCACAAAAGAAGCAAAGCAGUCCCCAUUCCAGCUCACAGAAAAAACAAACAAAAGGUUCUCCAUCUAGAAGCAAGACUCGAGGUCAUCCUGUCAGGCAUGAGUCUGAUUCUGAUCUGUCCCCACCAAGACUCUCCGGAAAACACUCCCCAGAUCUUUCUCCCCCACGGAAACAAUCACAGCAUCGAAAGAGGAGAGACUCCGAUUCGGACCUCUCCCCUCCCAGAAGGGUUUCGCGCCACCCUUCAGAAACACCAGCGGGCCCGCAGAUGCUUUCCGGAGGUACAGCAGGCCUGGUGUCAGUAGAGGUUCUGAGAAGGGAGCGAGAAGUGAACCGCAAGCUAGAGAGCAAGAACGUGUCUCUGGAAGAUGAGUCUCGCAAUGCACAGACCAUCUUCAGAGACAAAUCAGGGAAGAGACGGAAUAUUGAUCAGGAGCGGGAAGAGCAGCAGAAGAAAGCUGGAGAGAAGGCUGAAAGGGACAUGAAAUAUUUUGAGUGGGGGAAAGGGGUGGCGCAGGGCCAAAUGCAGCAGCAGAAUGUGCAGGACGCACUGAAGGAGGUGGACAAACCACUGGCGCGGCACAUCGACGACGAGGACCUAGACCGCAUGCUGCGGGACCAGGAGCGGGAGGGGGACCCUAUGGCCGCAAUGCUGCGCAAGAAGAAGGAAAAAGACUCACAGCGCAAGGGAGUUAAAGAGAAACCUCGUUACAAAGGACCAGCCCCUCCCCCGAACCGGUUUAACAUUAUGCCUGGGUAUCGUUGGGAUGGUGUGGACAGGUCAAAUGGGUUUGAGAAGCAGCGGUACAGCCGGAUGGCGGAGCAGAAAGCUGUACAGGAGGUGGCGUAUAAAUGGAGCGUGGAGGAUAUGUGAGCCGGGUGGCACAUCUCUGAGAACGCUCCGGAAAGAUCAUUUUGGUUAUAUACUGUACAAAAAAAAAUCUGUUUUAAAAUUUUAAUGGACU